CAGCGAGGCAGAUGGGCGGGGUGGGGAAGCCGGACUUGGAGCUCCUCAGCGGCGGUGUCGCUUCACAGCAGCCCAGCGAUGGCCCUGCGGAAGCGGCUGUGGUUGCUGCUCUGCUCCGCGGCCCUCCUGAGCUGGGGCCUGGCCACCGCUGACGAAGAAGGAAGUCAGGAUGAGUCUUUAGAAUCAAAGACUUCCUUGCCUUCAGAAGAAAAGGUGGGGGACCACUCCACAGGAACCCAUGUUGUAGCAGGUCAGAUCUUUCUUGAGUCCGAAGACUCAGAUUCUCAUACUGAAGAUGAAGAGAGCUUUAGGAACCAAGAAGAGGAGAAAGAGAGCGUGUUGGAGGAGUUUAACUCUCUUGAAAUGUCAAACCUAUUAAAUAAGAAUUUGGAAGACGUAGAAAUACAGAAACCAGUUUUGACAGCUAUUGGAGGCACUGCAGACAAUGAGCCCUGCCACUUCCCCUUCCUGUUCCUGGAGAAGGAGUAUGUAGAAUGUACAGCUGAUGGAAGGGAAGAUGGCAGGCUUUGGUGUGCAACAACCUAUGAUUACAAGAGAGAUCAAAAGUGGGGCUUUUGUGAAACUGAAGAGCAGUCUAAUAAAAGAAGACAGAUGCAAGAAGCAGAGGAUGUUUACCAGACUGGGAUGAAAAUCCUUAAUGAGAGCAGUAAAAAGACACAGAAGAAAGAAGCAUAUCAGUAUCUUCUGAAAGCAGCUGACAUGAACCAUACUAAGGCAAUGGAGAAGGUGUCUUAUGCUCUGUUGUUUGGGGAUUAUCUGAAGCAAAACAUCCAGUCUGCUAAAGAGCUGUUUGAGAAACUGACUGAGGAAGGAUCUCCUAAAGGGCAAACGGCUCUUGGAUUUCUCUAUGCAUCUGGUCUCGGUGUCAAUUCCAGUCAAGCUAAGGCUCUGGUUUAUUACACUUUUGGAGCUCUUGGAGGAAAUCUGAUAGCGCAUAUGAUUUUAGGUUACCGAUACUGGGGUGGGAUAGGAGUCCUUCAGAGUUGUGAAUCUGCUCUCACUCACUAUCGGCUUGUGGCUAAUCAUGUGGCUAGCGAUAUAUCUCUGACAGGAGGCACAGUGGUGCAGAGAAUUCGCCUGGCAGAUGAAGUGGAAAAUCCAGGAAUGGCCAGUGGGAUGCUGGAGGAAGAUUUGAUUCAGUAUUAUCAAUUUCUAGCAGAGAAAGGAGAUGUACAAGCACAGGUUGGUCUUGGACAGUUACAUUUACAUGGUGGAAGAGGAGUGGAGCAAAAUCACCAGAGAGCAUUUGAAUACUUCAACCAAGCAGCUAAUGCUGGUAACUCGCAUGCCAUGGCUUUUCUAGGAAAGAUGUAUUCAGAAGGAAGUGAUAUUAUACCUCAGAGCAAUGAGACUGCUCUUCAAUAUUUCAAGAAAGCUGCUGAUAUGGGUAAUCCUGUUGGGCAGAGUGGGCUAGGAAUGGCUUAUCUGUAUGGAAGAGGAGUUCCAGUGAAUUAUGAACUGGCAUUAAAGUAUUUCCAGAAGGCUGCAGAGCAAGGAUGGGUAGAUGGACAGCUUCAACUGGGCUCCAUGUAUUAUAAUGGCAUUGGAGUGAAGAGAGACUAUAAACAAGCUUUGAAAUAUUUUAAUUUGGCCUCCCAGGGUGGUCAUAUUCUGGCUUUCUAUAACCUGGCACAGAUGCAUGCCACUGGUACUGGGGUAAUGAGAUCCUGUCAUACUGCUGUUGAGUUAUUUAAGAAUGUAUGUGAACGAGGGCGCUGGUCUGAGAGACUCAUGACUGCCUACAAUAGUUAUAAAGAUGGUGAUUCAAAUGCUGCUGUGGUUCAAUAUCUUCUCUUGGCAGAACAAGGCUACGAAGUGGCACAGAGCAAUGCUGCUUUCAUACUUGAUCAGAAAGAGGCCAGCAUAGUAGGAGAGAAUGAGACUUAUCCCCAAGCCUUGCUGCAUUGGAAUAGAGCUGCCUCCCAAGGUUACACUGUUGCUAGAAUUAAGCUUGGAGAUUACCAUUUCUAUGGCUUUGGUACUGAUGUUGAUUAUGAAACUGCAUUUAUUCACUACCGCCUGGCAUCAGAGCAGCAGCAUAGUGCCCAAGCCAUGUUUAACCUGGGAUACAUGCAUGAGAAAGGACUGGGCAUCAAACAGGAUAUUCACCUUGCAAAACGCUUCUAUGACAUGGCAGCCGAAGCCAGCCCAGAUGCUCAAGUUCCUGUCUUCCUAGCACUCUGUAAACUCGGGAUUGUAUAUUCCUUGCAGUAUGUACAAGAAACCAAUAUCAGAGAGAUAUUGUCACAUCUUGACAUGGACCAGCUGUUGGGGCCUGAAUGGGACCUUUACCUUAUGACUAUCAUCGCCUUGCUUCUAGGAACAGUUAUAGCUUACAGACAGAGGCAACAUCAGGCUAUUCCCAGACCUGCAGGGCUGCGGCCAGCUAUGCCUCAACAAGAACCUCCACCAGAACCUCAGCCACCACAAUAGCAGUAACAGGAAUCUCAGUGAAAAGAACUACAUUGUCCAGCAGAAACUAUUUUCAUUGUGAUUUAGGACAACAGAUCAAUGGUCCUUUCCCCCUCAAAAGAGGCUCAAAGAAGCAUACAAUUCUGAAAGCUGCUUAGAAUGAUGCCUUUUUUUCAGGGAUAUGUAACUUUUUCUAGACUGAUUUGAAUGUUAUUUCAGUGCCAAUGGAAUAACACACUGGCUUUUUUUGUGAAACACAAGUGUGCUACUACAAAAGUGAUGCCUGCUAUAUCCAAUCUCUCUUUAUUCAACGUUCUUUUUCAUCAUCUCUUAAAGUGCAUGGAAAACAUUGACUCAUAGGAGAUGGCCUAUGUAGAAAGAGAAAAUGUUGGAAAACUGAAAACCUGAACUUUGCUCUUUUGAACAAAGAGAUCCUCCAGAACUGUGGGAGAAUUUGUUUUCCUGAUCUGCAUCCCAAGUGGUCCUACAGAUCUUAUUUUAAUUAUUCUUAAUAAUAGUUUCACAGUUCACAUAAUCUCAUUAUUUACCUUAGAUGGUUUAAUCUGGAUGUUCCAUUGAGAAGAAACAAAAACAAAAGCAAAAUCUGUAACUAGUUAGCAAAUUUCUUGUUCUCUGUGAUUUGCACUUUUGGGGGUUUGUCUUUUCCUUUUAACAUACAUUUUUGCUAAUGGCCAAUCUCUGUUCCAGAAGGUGGAUAGGAAUAGAUUGCAUUUGUAAAUAAAAGAAUAAUUUACCAA